AUGUCCAAGACAGGAGAGAGGACCCCCUCUACAACUUCAGUCAGCUCUGUGGUGUCAAAAGACAGCAAAGAUGGCGACCCUAAACCUGGCGUGUCUCAAGACUCCCCGACGGGUUCAGUCUCCGAUACGCCCAAGAAAUCUUCAAAGAAAUCCAAAAAAACCACAGAGAGUAUGACCAAAGUCUACAACUCCGUGCUCAACAGUGUUUUUGGAGCGGAAAGAGAACUGGCUCAGGCUGAGUUGGAUGAGCUGCAGGAGGCCUUCAAAGAGUUUGACUACGACCAAGAUGGAUACCUGAACUACAAGGAUGUGGCUGAGUGCAUGAGGACGAUGGGAUACAUGCCCACAGAGAUGGAGCUGCUGGAGAUAGUGCAACAGAUCAAGAUGAGAAUGGGCGGAUUAAUGGAUUUUGAGGACUUCACUGAAUUGAUGGGACCCAGGAUGAUGGGAGAGACUGCUGACAUGCUGGGACUCAAGGAGCUGAAAUCUGCCUUUCUACAGUUUGACCUGGAUGGAGAUGGAAAGAUCAACCAGGACGAGAUGAAGGAGGCAGUGAAGACGCUGCUGGGAGAGAAGCUGAAGAAAGGAGAACUGGAGGAGAUCCUGAAGGAGCUGGACAUUAACUCAGAUGGAAUCAUCGACUUUGAAGAGUUCAUGAUGAUGCUCUCCAUUCGCUAG